AUGAGCUUCGUUACCCGCCGAGCGCUCUCGACGCUCAUCCCCCCUAAGGUCGCCUCUCCCAAGGCCAUUGGCGGCGCCCCUGAUGCUAUCCGCAUGCAGCGCGUUGUCAGCUUCUACGAGAAACUCCCCCGAGGUGCUGCCCCCGAGGUCAAGGCCAAGGGCAUCCUCGGCAAAUACCAGGAGAAGCACUUUGGCAAGAACCCCACUGGCCGACCCAUCAUCCACGCCAUUGUCUUCCUCGUUGCCAUCGGCUACGCCCAGAACUACUACUUCCACCUCCGCCACCACAAGAACAAUGCCCACUAA